UAUCGGACCCUGUCCUUAGCCAUUCUCGCUUGCACAGGGAAAAGGUUAAUACGCAAAUAGGGUAGCGCGUGAAUCGCUUCUGUUAAACGCAAUUUUUUCCCCCCAUUCUGUCGAAGACUUCUUGUCGGAUUUGGUCGAGCGCCCAAUGGAUUUCUCAGUGUUUUAAAGUUCUACCAAGCCCGUGCAAUUUUGUUGCAUUGGGGGUCUGCGCACAAAACUCGGUGCUGUGGACAUCGAAGGCCGUUGGUCAUUUUGCUCAUUGUUUUUUUUUUUUCGAUCAUCGUUUUAAAUGUUCGUAAAGGAGGGGAGAUUAAAAAGGGGAAAAUCCGGUGUGUUUCUUUUUAAAUAGAGGAAUAUGUUUGCUUCCUGGCUGACUUUUGCACUUCUUUUAGGAACUUUUUGUGCAGCACCCAGCCAUGGAGAGGUGGAGACACGAGAGUGUUUGUACUAUAACAUCAACUGGGAGAUUGAGAAGACUAACCAGAGUGGUGUGGAGCGGUGCGAGGGGGAGAAGGACAAGCGCUCGCACUGCUAUGCAUCCUGGCGUAACAGCUCAGGCACCAUCGAGCUGGUGAAGAAGGGCUGCUGGCUGGACGACUUCAACUGCUACGACAGGCAGGAGUGUGUGGCCACGGAAGAGAAUCCCCAGGUGUUCUUCUGCUGCUGUGAGGGCAGCUUCUGCAACGAGAGGUUCACACACUUGCCCGAUGUCAGCGGACCAGUUAUGGAGCCCCCUCCGGCUGCGCUCUCUCUGCUCAACGUGCUGGUCUACUCUCUGCUGCCCAUCACCAUGCUGUCCGUGGCCCUGUUGCUGGUCUUCUGGAUGUACCGCCAUCGCAAGCCGCCCUACGGUCACGUUGACAUAAACGAGGAUCCGGGUCCAGCCCCUCCAUCUCCCCUGCUAGGGCUGAAACCCCUGCAGUUGCUGGAGAUUAAGGCGAGGGGCCGUUUUGGCUGUGUAUGGAAGGCCCAAAUGAUGAAUGAUUAUGUAGCUGUGAAGAUCUUCCCUAUUCAGGACAAGCAGUCUUGGCAGAAUGAGCGAGACAUGUUCUCCACACCAGGGAUGAAACACGAGAACCUGCUGCGCUACAUUGCUGCUGAGAAACGUGGGAGCAGCCUGGAACUGGAGCUUUGGCUCAUAACCGAGUUCCACGAGAAGGGUUCUUUGACUGACUAUCUGAAGGGCAAUGUGGUAAGUUGGAAUGAGUUGUGCCACAUUGCUGAAACUAUGGCUUGUGGACUGGCCUAUCUCCAUGAGGAUGUACCACGUUAUAAAGGAGAAGGGCCAAAACCUGCUAUUGCCCACAGGGACUUUAAGAGUAAAAACGUGUUACUGAAAAAUGAUCUGACUGCUGUCAUCGGUGAUUUUGGGUUGGCGGUGAAGUUUGAGCCAGGAAAGCCACCGGGGGACACACAUGGCCAGGUUGGCACGCGGAGGUACAUGGCCCCAGAGGUAUUGGAGGGCGCCAUCAACUUCCAGCGUGAUGCAUUUUUGAGAAUCGACAUGUAUGCCAUGGGCCUUGUGCUCUGGGAGCUGGUGUCUCGCUGCACAGCUGCUGAUGGCCCAGUAGAUGAGUACAUGCUGCCCUUUGAGGAGGAGAUUGGACAGCACCCAUCCCUGGAAGACCUGCAGGAUGUGGUGGUCCACAAGAAGCUGCGGCCGGCAUUGAAAGACUGCUGGCUAAAGCACUCUGGUCUAGAGCAGAUGUGUGAGACCAUAGAGGAGUGCUGGGACCAUGACGCUGAGGCUCGGCUGUCGGCAGGCUGUGUUGAGGAGCGCAUCUCCCAGAUCCGCCGCCUCACCAGUGCACCUACCUCCGACUGCCUCGUAUCCAUGGUGACCUCCGUCACUAAUGUGGACUUGCCACCCAAAGAGUCCAGUAUCUGAGUCCCACUGUAGUACUGCUUGAGGUGACAAACUCCUAAACCCAUCUGAAGCUAACAAGCAAAUGAAGCAACCCUCGUCUUUCCAGACUCAGCGGAUCUCAGACAACAUGAAUGCAGCUGCUAUUUUAUCUCAACAUUUUUUUAUUAUUAUUAUUAUUAUUAUUAUUAUUAUUAUUAUUAUUAUUGGAUCAAUACUACCAGCACACUUCUCUACUGUAUUUUUAUGAAGAGAGGAAAACACAAAAGUUUAAAAAGGAAAAAAAAGAAAGGACAUUGCAACAUGCAUUCAGGUACCGACUUAUGAAUGCUGACAAGGUGCAGGUACCUCGGCCUCUUCAGUUCAGUGUUUGAUUUUAUUUAAUUUAAUUUUUUCCCCUCUUUAUAUUUCUACUUUCUGGACAGGAUUGCCUGAGUCAUAACCAACCAACACAUCAACCAACCCUUCGCCAUGUUGGAUAAUACAACAAUGCUGCAAAACCUUAGAGGAACAGUAUGACUGUUACACACAAUUAACCUUCCUCAAGGGAUUUUUAUUUGUGACUUCUUUGUUUCCGUUUCCCUCUCUGACUGUGUGCUAUUCAGAAUUACGGAAAACGUGUCUUUUACGGAACUAACGGGUGUCUUAGAACACAACAAAAGGUGGAAGACAGCUCGUCUUUUCUUUCUCAUUUUGGGUUUGUGGUGCUGAAGUUGGUGACUGUGAAGAUAGAUUGGUUCAGAUUUUUGUGUAGAUAUCAGAAUUUGAAAAUCUAGGCUAUAGAAAUUGGCUUUCAUUUAGAGAUGGUGGCAACAAGUUGAGAGUUUGAAUAAUGCAUUUAGUUUGGUACGGAAUUAUUUCUCAGGUAACCAGUUCCAGGGGGGUUGGGCUGACUGCCAUUUAUCCCUACCAAUUAAUAGAAGGAGAAAUGUCAAACGGUGCCCUAAUGAUUUUAAAUGCUAAACAGUACAUGCAAGACAAGA